AUGUCAACAAAAGACAUAAGAGAAAUAGAAGAAGGAAAUUGUUCAAAUUAUACCAAUAAUGCUAGUGGAGAAGAUUCAAGCCUCUGUACUUCACCUGAAGUUGUCAUUGUCAUUCAAAAGGUGAUAGCAGAGGUGAUCGGAACGUACUUUUUGAUAUUCGUAGGAUGUGGUGCAGUAGCUGUGGAUAAAACCUAUGGUUCAGUAACAUUUCCAGGAAUAUGUGUGGCAUGGGGUUUAAUUGUUAUGGUCAUGGUUUAUUCUGUUGGACAUAUUUCUGGUGCACAUUUUAAUCCUGCAGUUACUAUUGCUUUUGCAAUCUUUAGACAUUUUCCCUUCAAACAGGUGCCAUUAUACAUAAUGGCACAAUUGGUUGGGGCAAUUCUUGGAAGUGGAACAUUGUACUUGUUGCUGGAUUUGAAAACACAAGCAUUUUUUGGAACAACACCAGUUGGAUCAAAUGUUCAAUCUUUGAUUCUUGAAUUCAUCAUUUCUUACCUAUUAAUGUUUGUCAUUUCUGGUGUUGCUACUGACAAUAGAUCAAUUGGAGAGCUAGCAGGAAUUGCUAUUGGAAUGACUAUACUCCUAAAUGUUUUGAUUGCAGGGCCAGUAUCAGGAGCAUCAAUGAACCCAGCAAGAAGUAUUGGGCCAGCAAUUGUGAUGCAUCAUUAUAAAGGGCUUUGGGUUUACAUAAUUGGGCCUAUAUUAGGUACAAUAUGUGGUGCUUUCACAUAUAACCUAAUUAGGUUUACAGAAAAACCACUUAAAGAACUAACUCUCACUAAAACUACAACAUUUCUUAAGAGCAUGUCCAGAAAAUAA